AUGGAAAAAAUGAUGAAACAGCAAGAACUUACAAACAAGAACAAUGAAGCUUCCAUAAGAAACAUAGAAAGGCAGAUUGGACAGCUUUCCAAGCAAGGUGUGAUUGAAAGGCCAUCAAGCUCACUCCCAAGUGAUACCAUUCCAAAUCCUAAAGAAGAGUGCAAAGCCAUAUGGCUAAGGAAUGGAAGAACCUUGGUGAAUGACAAGGAGGAAACCAAGAAGCCUAUGAAAAGCAACAAAAAGCCAAUAGAGAAAGAAGAAGCCAGCAACAAAGAAGUGAGAGCAAGCAAGCAAACUUUAAAGAAGCUCAAAGAGAAGGAUGACCAGCUACAAGAUUUAAGGAAAUGGAAGCAAAUAAUGGAAGAAUCAUCUCAAGGACAGAAGCAAGUGGAGAAGACUUUCACGCCUCCCUUGCCAUAUCCUCAAAGGUUCAACAAGGAAACCAAGGAUCAACACUUACCCAAAUUCCUUGAAGUCUUCAAGAAAUUGGAGAUUAAUAUUCCACUGGCUGAGGCAUUAGAGCAGAUGCCUCUUUACGCAAAGUUCUUGAAAGAGCUUAUCAAUAAAAAGAGAAGUUGGCAUGAAAAGGAGACAGUGCUUCUCACUGAAGAAUGCAGUGCUGUAAUUCAAAGGGGCAUUCCACCAAAGCUUAAAGAUCCAGGGAGUUUUGUAGUUUCAUGUAUCAUAGCUAAGAUGACAUUAGACAAAGUUCUCUGUGAACUUGGUGCUAGUAUCAAUUUGAUGCCCCUAUCAAUGAUGAGAAAGCUUGCUAUAGAAGAACUCAAACCUACUAGGAUGUCGUUGGUAAUGGUCGAUAGAUCAAUCAAGACACCCAAUGGCAUUGUGGAAAACCUAUUGGUGAAGUUCGUGGUACCAAAGAAAGAUGGGAUGAUAGUUGUUGUUAUUGAGAAGAAUGAGCCCAUUCCCACAAGAACUGUGACAGGAUGGAGGAUGUGUAUUGACUUCAGGAUGUUGAAUGAUUCCACACGCAAGGAUCACUUUCUCCUCCCUUUCAUUGACCAAAUGCUUGAGAAGCUAGCUAGCCAUGACAGAAAGGGUAGUGAAAACCAAGUUGCUGAUCAUCUAUCAAGAUUGCCACAAGAAACAGUUCAAGAAGCCUCACAUCCAGUGAAUGAAAGCUUUCCAGAUGAACACCUCUUACAGAUUCAACAAGCCCCUUGGUUUGCAGACAUUGCAAACUAUAAGGUUGGAAGAAAGAUUCCCAAGGAAUUCACCAAGCAACAAGUGAAAAAGCUACUUAAUGAAGCAAAUAAAUUCCUAUGGGAUGAACCAUUCUUAUUCAGGAGAUGUUCAGAUGGAAUGAUAACGAAAUGUGUUCCUGAAGGUGAGAUGAGAAGCAUAUUAUGGCACUGUCAUGGUUCAGCUUAUGGUGGACAUUUUGGGCCAGAAAGAACAGCAGCCAAUGUACUUCAAAGCGGAUUUUACUGGCCUACCAUAUUUAAGGAUCCUAGAGAGUUUUUUCAUCAGUGCAAUGAGUGCCAAAGGGGUGGGGGAUUAACAAAAUGA